AUGGCCCAGAUGCUGGUGGCGCAGCGCGCGGUGCAGAUGGCGGACCAUGGUCAGGUUGAGCACCCGGCAGAUGCCCUGGAGGCCAUGCGGGAGCGGUUCCUCCUCCCGGGGGUGGCUGCCCCCUUCAACUGGCUCACACGGGCUGCGCACGUUUGGCAAGCGCAUCCAGAACACCACCACCAGUCUGGGAUAUAUCUACUGGAGCGAUGA